UUCUAUUUUUCAGAGCUGCAUUCAAUGUCCUGUCAUCGUCGUUUCAUAUUCUCCAAGUUUUCCCUUUUUAUUAUUAUUACUAUUAACACUUCAACAUUCGUUUAUAGACAGCUGUCUGUCGACAGCAGAAUUUGCAACAAAUUCUGCAGAGUAAAAUCAACACUAUGGCGAGUCUACUUGGUCCAUUUCAGAAUUGGCAUUAAUUUAACUCUUACAGAGUUAUUUCCACAAUAAUUUGAGCAGUUAUAACUAGUUUAAGUGUUAAAAUUACUCAAUUUCUUGUUGAAAUAACUCUGAAGGAGUUAAAUUAACACCAAUUUUGAUAAGGACCAAAUCAUAGUGUUGAUUUAACUCUGCAGAAUUGGCCGUAUACACCUUUGCGUUGCUUUAUCACAUUUAAGCAGUCUGAUUGUAAUGUGCCAUGAAGGGUAAGAGUUCAGUUGCUGUGAAGAUUUGAGCAGGUUUUUCAGGUACAUCGCGUUCUGACGAGGCUCGUUUGUCAGGCGAAACCACCUUUAAAAAAAUAACAACCCCUAGGCAGGUAAUAAGGUCCACACCUUUGUAGUAAAAAUAUUUCUAUGACUUACCAUUCAUGUACUAAAUGUGUUAGCUGUUAACAUGAAAUCACCACGAUUAAUAUAAUUUGGGUGUUAAAAUUCCAGCUGGAGUGUAUUUAAUCUACAUAAUGUGCUUCUGUUAGAGGAAGACUAUUGCCUUUCCAAUAAUGUUCUAAUUUAUUGAUGUUUGGUUUAAAAAUAUCAAUCUGCUAAGACAACUUUUAAAGCAGGCUGAGGGUUUUAGCCUGAUUUUACCCGAAUGUUUUACUGUUAUUUAAUGUUUCGUUUUCGCCAAAGGUCUUAACUUAACAUCUUUACUUAAGAUAUGAGAUGCAAUCUGCUGGGUUUCCUUAGAUAGAAACUUUGUAAACUGCUUUGAAUAAUCAAUUGAGCAUGCUGCACUGUUUGAUAACUACAAUCAACAGGAAAGUAUGUAAAAUUGAAUUGAACUGAUUUCUUCUUUUUUUUUUUGGUAAAGUGCCUAGAGACAAUUAUUUGCUGUGAAUCGGCGCUAUAUGAAUACAGAAACUGUAUUGAAUUAGAUUAGAUUUUAUUUUUUUUAACGAGUGAUGAUUUGCUUGCAGCCUUCUGGGUCACGGUGUUUAUCCAACCCGCCCUCAGUCCCUCCAACAGUAAACAGGCCUCACAAGAGGCCCAUUCAGCAGCAACUGGCAACCCGACCGACCUGCCACGUCUAGGCGUCGGUGUGUACAGCCGGCCCUGGGGUUAACGCGUCUCAUUUCAUUUCAAAUGAAUGAGACGUCAGACAGGAAGUAACUGGAGCGACAUGACCGCCGCCGGUUUCAUUCUACAGCGCUGCUUAUCUCAGCUCGCACACCUGAACGACAGGCCAAAGGUGUUCGGUUCAGGGUGUGCCAGCCGGCGCACAGUAAAACGUAACUUUCCCAUAGGCGUAUUAUCCCGUAUGAGGGGGGAGCGGGGAUCUGCGGGGUGAGGGGAGUCCAUGGGAGUUCGGGCUGCUUGGACACAUGAGGGUCCAUCUCCCAGAGCAUCCCGGCGGACAGGUGUCCGGACAUUAUCUUUGGAAGUUGUCCUGAAAAGGCACCGGCUGUGUGUGUGCGCGGCCGCCGCGGGCUUCCUGCUCCUCCUGGCGGCCUGUGCGCUGUACCUGCCGGACCAGGCCGCCCCGCAGCAGCAGCAGCCGCCACCGCCCGAUGUGACCCUCCUGAUCUGGACGCAUCCCUUCGGGGAAUACCGCGAACUUCCGGACUGCCUGCAGCUUUAUCAGAUCCGCGGGUGCAAGAUCACGGACGACCCAUGGGCGUACCCGCAGGCCGACGCCGUGAUCAUCCACCAUCGGGAGAUCGCCAGCGGUGACGCGUAUCUCCCACCGGAGCCGCGGCCCGACGCGCAGAAAUGGAUAUGGAUGAACUACGAGUCCCCCACGCACACGGCCGAGCUGUGGCUCCUGGAGGGCGUCUUCAACCUCACCCUGACCUACCGGACGGACUCGGAUAUUUUCCUGCCUUACGGCUAUCUGGUCCCCCGGGCGCGCGCAGCGGACGGGGCUCCUGACGGCGGCCAGCUCUCACUCUCAAGACGCCCGCGUAAGCGCUUCGUGGCCUGGGUGAUCAGCAACUGGUCGGCGAACCACGCCCGAGUGGGCUUCUACCGGCAGCUCCGCGAGUUCAUCCGAGUGGACGUGUACGGGCGCGCCGGGCGGCCGCUGCAGGGGGGCGGCGACAGCGUGGUGCGGAUGCUGCGGCGCUACAUGUUCUACCUGGCGCUGGAGAACUCGCAGCACACCGACUACAUCACGGAGAAGCUGUGGAACGCGGUGCUGGCCGGGGCGGUGCCGGUGGUUCUGGGACCGUCCAGGCAGAACUACGAGCGCUUCCUGCCGGCGGAGGCGUUCAUCCACGUGGAGGACUUCCCCACGGUGAAGCAGCUGGCCCGGUACCUGCUGGCUCUGAGGGACGACCCGGCCCGGCUGAGGCGGCGGCACCUGGACUGGAGGAGGAGCUACAGCCUGAGGCAGCCGAGGUUCUGGAUGGAGCACUACUGCACGGCCUGCAGGGCGGUGAGGAGGGCCAGAGGACGGACUCAGACGGUGACAGACCUGAGGAGGUGGUUUCACUCAUGAGAACAACGAUUCACUUUUAAUUUAUAGAUGAGAACGUUCUGGGAGUUCACCUGGAUUUUGCUUCUGAGAAUUUUUCACUCAUUUUCACAUCAGUGUUGAUUGUUUUUAAGUGGACUCACGCUUAUUUGACUGUUUAAUUCCAUAAAGCGAGCAGUCACCAAUUAUAACACAAGCUGUAAACAUUGCAUUUGAUCAAAUCACCAAAUACACAUCAAAUAUGUUGCUCAAUGCUCUACUCACUACUAAUCAAAAGCAACUUAGACUGGUAGGAACUCUGUGUUUCGACAUCUUUGCAGUUCUCUGGAGGUUUGUUUCUGGGUUUGUGGUGCAUAGAAACUAAAUGCUGCUUCUCCAUGUUUGGUUGCGACUCAAGUCCGAUCUAUACGUCAUCCGGGCGUUAAAAAAAAAACAUAAUAAAGUGACAGAACUGACUGGUAUCUGAUUCAUUUUUGACCAAGCCGAGGUUCUUAUCUAAAAAAUA